AUAAACAAGGGUUUACUGUAUAUGUAAGUUGGCUGUGGCCUCGACUGUAAAUAACGAGCUGCCUAACUGUGUGACGACAUCCUCCCAUUAUUUCUGAUGUGUAUGCUAUAAAGAAUUGUAGUGAUUGAAAAACACUGUCUGAAAAAAAUCAGUAAUAAUAAAAUUAGGUUUCGUUCUAUCACAUAAGAAUCUAAUGAAUCUUACUUUUAUCUAAUGAUUAGAUAAAAGUAUUACAGGAAAAAAGGGCUCUCAAAACUGUCUCCCUUUUUUUUCUUUCAGAUAAAUAUUGGCUUGAUGACCAUGCAGAAAGGGGGUUUGAAGCCACAACGUGGGAAAAAUGUCCCUACAAACAGAUCGUGGCAACACUGCCACAAGUCUCAGGCUGUUAAAAAAAUGAAGGACUUUAAUAAAGAUAUAAAAGAUGGACCUUUUGUGCUGUUGUAUCCGGAUGGCACAGAGGUUGUUAACAUCCCUGGGACACAACGUCCCUUUACCCUUGAGGCUUAUAAGCAUGAAGUUGGCAGGCCGUAUCAAAGGAUCACUCUCUACAUCUGCUUUAAGGACUUUGAAGAAGCCUUGGGAGCCUCAGCAUGAAAGCAGUCCUUUUUCAAAUGUGACAGAAGCAGAGAAUAAUCAGGUGGAAGUUGCAGAUGAAGUACAGCAAGUUACGGAAUUUGUUGAAAACAGAAGCAAUCCAGGGACCAGCAGAUGUCUCACCAUCCAGAACUCCUGUUGCAUUAACUACACAAGCCUGUUUGAACCCAUUCUGAUUGAGGAUGAUGAUCAUGAUGAAGAUCUUACUCAGAACAACAAGAAAGAUCAGCUCCUAGAAGAACCUGUAGACACAAAUAUGCAGGCGCAUGAAAUCAUUGCCCAGUUAGCAAUGGCAAUUAACCACAAGAAGGUCAGCAGGUUCAACAUUUGCCGGUUGGAUGUAUGGGACGGGGCUGUUCGAGGAUUUCGACGCAACACAUACUCUGACAAUAAUGACUUGUUCAUAAAAUUCACUGAUGAUGCUGGCUGCUUUGAAGAAGGAUUGGAUACAGGUGGGCCAAGGCGGGGAUUUCUCACACUUCUUAUGAACCACUUGAGAACACGCCCCAUCUUCGAUGGACCUCAAGAAAGUCGUUACAUUGUAUAUAAUUCAAAAGCUGCCAGGGAAGAUGAGUAUUUUUUAGCUGGAAAGAUGGUAGCAGUAUCCAUUGUACAUGGGGGACCAGCACCACAUUUCUUAUCAAAGAACCUGGUCAACCACACGUUAGGGAAUCCAAGUUUCAACGCCACUGUAGAAGAUGUGAAAGACGAAGAGAUAGGGAAAGUUCUACGUGAGGUCCUGGAAACUGAAUCAGACGAAUCUUUGCAAAGUAUUAUUUUGCAAAACAGCACCAUGUUCCAAACUGCUGGAUGCCUCUGGGUCGUGAGGACUUGUGAGAAGCAGGCUUUUGUGGAGGAGUAUCUCAGAUGGUACAUUAUUGACAGGAACCACAGUUCCAUUCAACGAUUUAGAGAUGGACUGGCCAGCUUGGGUUUUUUCACUGCAUUGCAGCAGCAUUACAGUGUUCUUGCCCCAGUCUUGUGCUUUUCUUGCAAGGCCCUGACUGCUUCAGACAUGGAGAACAUGUUCACUCCAGAUCUCAGCCCACCAGGAAGCACCAGGCGGCAGAAGGAGGCCAAAACCCUUGGAUUUUGGGCAGAUUUUCUGGCUGAUUCAGAGGAGAAACUAACUGUUGUCUCUCUGGAGGAGUUGCUGAUGUUUGCUACCGGUCUGGCUGCAGUUCCACCAGCAGGAAUGAUGCCAACGCCACGGAUCCAGUUCAUUACUGAAUCACCAUUUCCAGUAGCAAACACAUGCGCUAACAUACUUAAGCUACCACUGGUCGACACAUACAGCAUAUUUAAGGAAAAUAUGGACUUUGGGAUCCAAAAUGCUCCAGGAUUUGGAUGUUUUUGAAAGACUGAUUAUAGUUCAGCUGCUGUUGGCAUUAUUUUGUAAUACUACACUAAGUGAAGAAGAUUUUUUUUAACCAGUUUCUUUCUUUGUUCUCAGGGCAAAAUAUUGUUUACUGUAAACAAAAGUUGACACAUUU